AUGAACGAUCUCCGAGAUGAACAGCUUUUCCUCGAUGAGGAUACCGAAAAAUGCAGUGAAGAAGAUCAAAUUGCUGAGCAACCCGAUCAAGAUAACACAUCAACUGAAACAAAAGAAACGGACUUACCAUCAGUCAUUCUAUCUGAUGAAAUACAAAGUAUAAGCCAAUCGGAUAAUAAUGACAGAAAUGGGUACACAGAAUCUGCCUUACUCAGUGCAGCAACAUCGUCUAACGAUUUUGAGAGUUCACAAACCAUCGAAUUUAGUUCAAUAAUCAUAGAUUAUACCAAUGUUUCUCAUGCAGUUGAACCGUUUGAUUCUGUUAUUGAGACGCCAUCAGAGAAGUUGUCGAUCAAAAGCACGACUAGCAAACGAAAAAGCAAACACUCAGAUUUUUUUAUUGAGAUAGUAGAAGAAGAGAAAUCGAUUAAAUGCAGUUGGGAUGCACCGAAAGACUCAACCGAGCUCAACUUUAACAACCAAAAGAUCAAAGUCACCGUAGAAGAUUUAGAUAUCGUUGAAUCCGUCGGUGAAGGGCACUUUGGUUCAGUGGAGAGCGUCACAAUAAAGAAAUAUCCUGAUACUUUUAUGGCAGUCAAACGUAUUUCGCUUUCAACAAAAGAAGAAUGGGCUUCUGUAACAACUACUGAACUGAAAAUGAUGGAAGAAGUUGGUAACGGUGACUGUCCAUAUCUUAUCAACUACUAUGGUUCAAUGAUUGAUACAAUCUAUAGUGAACUUUGUAUAUUCAUGGAGUACAUGGAUACAACACUGAGCAGAUUCUAUGAAACUAUGCAUCUACUGGGAAACAUUAAUCCUAACAAUCUUGAUUUUCUUCUACGUCGAGUGAUUCACAAUAUUGCUUCGGCACUCCAAUUUUUGGCUGAAAGACACUAUCUUCAUCGAGAUAUCAAACCAGAUAAUAUACUUGUCAACAAUGAUGGGGUGUUUAAACUAAAUGAUUAUGGCACUUGUUGCGAAAUGAAUGAAAUGGGUUUGGCGCAAAGUAGUCCUAUAGGCACCAUUGCCUAUUUUUCACCUGAACUUGUGAGAGAUCCACCUGCGCCAAGCACUAUUCAAGGUGAUAUGUGGGCUUUAGGUAUUAGUUUGAUCGAAACUAUCAUUGGCGAACAUCCAUGUGCUGUUUCAAACUACACUGAACGAUUAUCAACACUCUCAACGUGGAAUCGCGAAAUUCUCGAAGGUAUGAUACCUGACGAUAUCCGAGAGUUUAUUUUACAGUUAUUGGCAAUAGAAGCUGAACAGCGGCCUGAUUCUUAUGCUGUUUUUUAA